AUGGCCAAAAGAGUAGCCAUCAUCGGAGCUGGGGCGAGUGGCCUUACGGCCAUUAAAUGCUGUUUGGAUGAAGGUCUCCAGCCAACAUGUUUUGAGAGAAGUGAGGACAUAGGGGGGCUAUGGAGAUUCCAGGAACAUGUCACUGAAGGCCACAGCAGCAUUUACAAAUCAUUGACUACAAAUAGUUCAAAGGAAUUGAUGAGUUUUAGUGAUUUUCCUAUUCCUGAGGAAUACCCAAACUAUGUGCAUCAUAGUAAAAUGAUGGAGUACUUUAGGAUGUAUGCAAAGCAGUUUGAUUUGAUUAAGUACAUACAUUUCAAGGCUCAAGUCUGCCAUUUAAGAAAAUGCACAGAUUUCCCCAUCAGUGGACAGUGGGAAAUUGUAACAGAAAAGAACGGGAAGCAGGAAACAGCUAUCUUUGAUGCUGUUCUACUUUGCACAGGCCUCUAUAUGCAACCUUAUUUUCCUCUGGACUCAUUUCUAGGUGUUGAGAAGUUUAAGGGGAAAAUUAUUCACAGUUCGGCUUAUAAGAAUCCUGAAAAAUACCAGGACCAACGAAUCCUCAUUAUAGGUGUGGGAAAUUCUGGAAUAGAAAUUGCUAUUGACCUCAGCCAUAACACAAAGCAGGUCUUUCUGAGCACUAGAACUGGAGCUUGGGUGGUCAAUCGAGUCUCUAAUGAUGGGUAUCCUUUGGAUGUAGUUUAUUUUACACGUUUCAAAAAUCUCCUUUUCCAUAAACUUCCUGUGGCACUGAUAAACCAAUGGGGAGAGAGGAAGCUGAAUAUGAAAUUUAACCAUGAGAAUUAUGGUGUAAAGCCACAGCACAGGUUCCUAAGUAAGAGCCCAAUUAUGGGCGAUGAUCUACCAAAUGCUAUAAUUACUGGCAGGGUGCUAAUGAAACCAAAUGUGAAGAAGUUCACCGAAAAAGGUGUGAUAUUUGAAGAUGGCAGCACAGAAGAAAAUAUUGAUGUGGUAAUUUUUGCUACAGGAUACAACUUCUCAUUUCCCUACACUCAGGACUCUAUCCUUGGGACCCAAACAAAUAAACUCUCACUAUAUAAAUAUGUUUUCCCACCACACUUGGAAAAGCACACAUUAGCUGUGAUUGGCUUAAUCAAACCUAUGGGAGCCACUAUGCCUAUAUCUGAGCUCCAAGUUCGCUGGGCCACAAGAAUCUUCAAGGGCCUGAACAAGUUACCUUCAGGUAAUGACAUGAUGACUGAUAUUGUUAAGAAGAUCCAGUAUAAUGAAAAAAGGUAUACAGCCAUCCCAAUCAAUUCCUUAAUAGUGCAGUAUAUUGAUUACAUGGAUGAACUGGCUUCCAUAUUAGGAGUGAAGCCCAAGCUGCUGAGUCUUCUUCUGACCGAUCCAAAGCUGGCCUGGGAGGUAUAUUUUGGACCUUAUUCAGCUACUCAGUUUCGUUUGACCGGUCCUGGGAAGUGGGAGGGAGCCAGAAACACCAUCUUGACCCAGAGAGAAAGGAUUAUCAAGCCUACAAAGACACGGCCUCUGCAGUCUUCUACCAACACUAAAGUAACUCUGGUUCCUUCUUUCUUCAUUAAAGCACUCGUCUGUUUGGGACUUCUCGCUAUUGUCUUAACUUAUCUCUAAUUUGAACUUGUAGUAGUCUGAAAACUGCUUCUUCUCCUGAAAAUGAAUUUUUUGAGUGGCAUUUUCCCUACAUGGUAGAAGAAUUGUAAACAGCAUAUAUCUAUGAUCUGAAAGGUUUCCUUGUUUUCUACUUGUAUUUGGUACAUAUUAGUUAUGGCAAGCCAGGACACUAUUCCUGAUAAAUGUGAUUUGGCUUGCAAGCUGAGUAUAAUCUAGAGUAUAUCUGCAUUAUAGGGCAGAUUUGGCUAUUUUGACCUGAAAUUCCAAAUUACCAAUGUUUAUGCUGAAUAUCUUUUGUAGAUUACAUUAUUUCUAAUAUUUCAAUAAUGGCUCUUUAAAAAUUGGAACACAAUUGAAUAUAAAGAAUUUCCACAUUUGUUUUAUUUUUUACACCCUAUACCUCUGUUUCAUUAAUAUCUCAACAGCUUUUACUUUUUCUAAUAACUAAUAUCUUACAUAUGAAAUAUCUACUUUUACACCACUGUCCUUUGUCUUGGGCUCUCUCUAGUUCUCUAAACUCUAAUUCAGUGGAAUUAGAAUGUAGCGCAAUUUCUGAAUUUCGGGGUGGGGGUGGGGAUUAAAUUUCAGGCAAUAAUAGAUUUCAGCCCAAACAAUUACUACAAAAAAAGUCCAUGUUUGAUGACUCAGUCUAGAAAAUAUUUAUACAUUUUAUUAUACAUAGAGUCUUCAUACUUUUGGGUGCAUUUUGUGUACAUUUUACACAUAUAAAAUGUUCACCACUUUGAGUUGUUUAUAAAAACAUAAGACCCAUGACAUAAAUAAAUAAAUUUUAGAAAUCCUAUUUGUCAAUUAAUAUUCUUUUCUUAUGCGUUCCCCUUGCAUCCUAUUGGUGCACUAAACUGAGAGUUUGCUAUUUUGUAAAUC